AGCUGGGCUGGUGGAGCAGAGGUGCAGAAGCAACUGAGUCCAAGUGCAAAGGCAGCGUCAGCCAGGUGUCCAUCGGUUGUCUGGCAGCUUCAGGUGGACCCAGAAGACGUCCCCAACUCAGGGAGAUUCAGCGAUCACUCACUCGCUGUACAGAAUGAUAUUCCUCACGGCACUGCCUCUGUUCUGGAUUAUGAUUUCAGCCUCCCGAGGGGGUCACUGGGGUGCCUGGAUGCCCUCGUCCAUCUCAGCCUUCGAAGGCACGUGCGUCUCCAUCCCCUGCCGCUUUGACUUCCCGGAUGAGCUGCGGCCCGCCGUGGUGCAUGGUGUCUGGUACUUCAAUAGUCCCUACCCCAAGAACUACCCCCCGGUGGUCUUCAAGUCGCGCACCCAAGUAGUCCACGAGAGCUUCCAGGGCCGCAGCCGCCUCCUGGGGGACCUGGGCCUUCGAAACUGCACCCUCCUGCUCAGCAACGUCAGCCCCGAGCUGGGCGGGAAGUACUACUUCCGUGGGGACCUGGGCGGCUACAACCAGUACACCUUCUCAGAGCACAGCGUCCUGGAUAUCAUCAACACCCCCAACAUCGUGGUGCCCCCAGAGGUGGUGGCAGGCACGGAAGUGGAGGUCAGCUGCAUGGUGCCGGACAAUUGCCCAGAGCUGCGCCCUGAGCUGAGCUGGCUAGGCCACGAGGGGCUGGGGGAGCCCGCUGUGCUGGGCCGGCUGCGGGAGGACGAGGGCACCUGGGUGCAGGUGUCGCUGCUGCACUUCGUGCCCACGAGGGAGGCCAACGGCCAUAGGCUGGGCUGCCAGGCCUCCUUCCCUAACACCACCCUGCAGUUCGAGGGCUACGCCAGCCUGGACGUCAAGUACCCCCCGGUGAUUGUGGAGAUGAACUCCUCGGUGGAGGCCAUCGAGGGCUCCCACGUGAGCCUGCUCUGUGGGGCUGACAGCAACCCCCCGCCGCUGCUGACCUGGAUGCGGGACGGGACAGUCCUCCGGGAGGCAGUGGCCGAGAGCCUGCUCCUGGAGCUGGAGGAGGUGACACCCGCCGAGGACGGCGUCUAUGCCUGCCUGGCCGAGAAUGCCUAUGGCCAGGACAACCGCACCGUGGGGCUCAGUGUCAUGUAUGCGCCCUGGAAGCCGACGGUGAACGGGACAAUGGUGGCCGUAGAGGGGGAGACGGUCUCUAUCUUGUGCUCCACGCAGAGCAACCCGGACCCUAUUCUCACCAUCUUCAAAGAGAAGCAGAUCCUGGCCACGGUCAUCUACGAGAGCGAGCUGCAGCUGGAGCUGCCAGCCGUGUCACCCGAGGAUGAUGGAGAGUACUGGUGCGUGGCUGAGAACCAGUAUGGCCAGAGGGCCACCGCCUUCAACCUGUCUGUGGAGUUCGCCCCUGUGCUCCUCCUGGAGUCCCACUGCGCGGCAGCCCGAGACACGGUGCAGUGCCUGUGCGUGGUGAAGUCCAACCCGGAGCCGUCCGUGGCCUUUGAGCUGCCGUCGCGCAAUGUGACCGUGAACGAGAGCGAGCGGGAGUUCGUGUACUCGGAGCGCAGCGGCCUCGUGCUCACCAGCAUCCUCACACUGCGGGGGCAGGCCCAGGCCCCGCCCCGCGUCAUCUGCACCGCGAGGAACCUCUAUGGCGCCAAGAGCCUGGAGCUGCCCUUCCAGGGAGCCCAUCGACUGAUGUGGGCCAAGAUUGGGCCUGUGGGCGCCGUGGUUGCCUUUGCCAUCCUGAUUGCCAUCGUCUGCUACAUUACCCAGACACGCAGGAAAAAGAACGUGACAGAGAGCCCCAGCUUCUCGGCAGGGGACAACCCUCCCGUCCUGUUCAGCAGCGACUUCCGCAUCUCUGGGGCACCAGAGAAGUACGAGAGCGAGAGGCGCCUGGGAUCUGAGAGGAGGCUGCUGGGCCUUCGGGGUGAACCCCCAGAGCUGGACCUGAGCUAUUCUCACUCGGACCUGGGGAAACGGCCCACCAAGGACAGCUACACGCUGACGGAGGAGCUAGCUGAGUAUGCUGAAAUCCGGGUCAAGUGAAGGAGCUGGGGGCAGCCCGCAUAGCUGACCCCCCUCAGGACCCUCCCUGGCCCCCACUGGCUGUGGGCUCCCUUCCUCCCAAAAGUAGCAGGGGCUGGGGCAGGAGGGGAAUGAGGCAGGUGACAGUGAGGUCCUGGGGGCCUGACCUCCUCCUCCUUCCCAGCUGCCCCUCCCUGCCAGCAUCCCCAUGCCCUCAUUACGGCUCCUCUCUAACCUCCUUUAUCCUCAUCUGUCUGGAGGGGAGCUCUGUCUGUCCGUGUUAUUUAUUGCUACUUCCUGCCUGGUCUCCUGCCCCCACACCUGGCCCUGGGGCCUGUACAAAAGGGACAUGAAAUAAAUGCCCCGAAGCCAAAUGCCAGUCUAGAUCCUGAUGCUUUCUGACCCGUCUUUGGGCAGCCUGCUAUCCCACCGUCUACAGAACAAUGACAGAAUUACUUCCUUGCCCUCGGCUGAGCCUGGUAUGCAGGCAAGGGCCCAGGGAUUUUAGCCUUGAACCCAGGGCCAGUGGCCAUUAAGUUGCUCCCACUCUGAGCUGGUAGCUGCGAGCUGGGUCUGGUUUGACUUAUGGGUGAUUUCACAUAAAAAUCUUCAUGCUGAUUUCUGUCGCAGUCAGAUCAGCUGACAGCACCAGGCUUGCACUUGUACGUGGCCAUGACUUGCUGAAAGGGAGGGUCCUGUGCACUGGCCACAGUCCCCACCAUUCCCUAUUGUCCCACACCUGGCCGGCUUCCUGCACUGAGAUUACCUCCUGGUCCCUGCAGCUUGGAGUCCGAGCCACAGAUCUAGGUCUCACCAGCCCAUGUUGGUUUCACCCCCAUCUCUCACAUUCAUGCUGCAAUUUGCAGCAUCAGCCUUUACACAUCACUACAUUCAGUUCAAGAAACAUUAAUUAAGCACCAGCUGUAUACUGAGCACUUUGCAGAGGCUCAGGCUAUCCUGAGAAGGGUCUCCUAGGACAGCUUGGUGACGAUGAGAACGCUGAGACUUAGAGAAGUUAGGUGAUUUUCCCAGGGUCCCAGAGCUUAGAAACAGUGUGUCCAGGCCCUGGGGUUGAUUCUUCUGAUUCAAAUGCACUCUUUCUUU